ACCCUCCCAGAUGAGGUGGGAGGGGCUUUAGAACAGCAUGGUAGGGUGGAGUACAGGCACUAACAAUAUUUAAGAUGCUGCCUUGGUGGGGCAUUCAGACUUGGGACACCCACUGAGGUCCUCUUUAGAACUUUAGCUUUGAGAAAGGCUAAGAAAGUGCAGAGAAAGGAGACCCCCAGGAAGGAAGAAAACUGCUAGUGUGAGUCAAAAACCUGAGUUCCUGCAUCUUCACAGACUCCGCUAGGUACAGACUCCACAGGAGAUAUCUCAACAGUGCUCUGGACAAUGCUACGGAAGACCUGGCUCUGCAUUAUCCUUGUGGCCUUUGUCAGCCACCCAGUGUGGCUGCAGAAGCCUCCUAAGCGCAAGACACCUGCACAGCUCAAAGCGGCUGUGUGCUGUGAGGAAAUGAGGGAGCUCAAAGCCCAGGUUGCCAACCUCAGCAGUCUGCUGGGUGAGCUGAGCAAGAAGCAGGAGAGCGACUGGGUUAGUGUGGUCAUGCAGGUGAUGGAGCUGGAGAGCAGCAGCAAGCGCAUGGAGGCUCGGCUCACAGUGGCUGAGGCGAAGUAUUCUGAAAUGAACAACCAGAUCGAUAUCAUGCAGCUGCAGGCAGCUCAGACAGUUACACAGACCUCGGCAGAUGCCAUCUAUGACUGCUACUCCCUCUACCAGAAGAACUACCGCAUCUCUGGAGUGUACAAGCUUCCUCCUGAUGAGUUCCUGGGCAGUCCUGAGCUGGAGGUGUUCUGUGAUAUGGAAACUUCAGGCGGAGGCUGGACCAUCAUCCAGAGACGCAAGAGUGGCCUCGUCUCCUUCUACCAAGACUGGAGACAGUAUAAGCAGGGCUUUGGCAGCAUCCGAGGAGACUUCUGGCUAGGGAAUGAACACAUCCACCGGCUUACCAGACAGCCAACAAGGCUUCGUGUGGAGCUGGAGGACUGGGAGGGCAACACACGGUACGCAGAGUACAGCCACUUUGCGUUGGGCAAUGAGCUGAACAGCUACCGCCUCUUCCUGGGGAACUACAGUGGCAACGUGGGGAAGGACGCCCUUCUCUACCAUAACAACACAGUCUUCAGCACCAAGGACAAGGACAAUGACAACUGCUUGGACAAGUGUGCACAGCUCCGUAAAGGUGGCUACUGGUACAACUGCUGCACAGAUUCCAACCUCAAUGGGGUGUACUACCGCCUGGGGGAGCACAAGAAACAUACGGAUGGCAUCACUUGGUACGGCUGGCACGGAGCCAACUACUCCCUCAAACGGGUGGAGAUGAAGAUCCGUCCAGAAGACUUCAAGCCCUAAGAGAAGGCUGCUGCAAUGUAGAGCUAUUGGAGUGAGGCACGUGGAAGGCUGAGUGGGGCAGAGCAGGAUGGGAGGAGGGCGGAAAAUGGUAGGAAGGGAAUGGUAUAUCAUCUUCAACAAAAAGCCACUCUCUAAGGAGCCGAGAGAACUCUCUCUGUGCCACCGAUGUGAGCACAUGUACACACAAUAGAACUAAUGCACUAGCAAAUGGUGACACAGUAGACCCAGGGGGGCCUGCCACAGGUGCCUUGGGGGGGAUGACUGCGUGGGCCCAGAGAGCAGCAGCUGUUCUCCACAUGACUUUCUGUGGGAAACAGUAAUCCAGAGGUCACUGUAGUCAGCUUCUCUAACUGAGGCUUAGAUGCCAUGAGCAAAAAGAGUAAAGAAGGACUGAAGUAGUUCUCAGAGGGAAAAGAGCGGGUGGCGGAGAAGGGGCUUCCUCUUCUUCAAUCCCAUGACAUUUCCUGUGUCUACAGGAUUUGUUUUGUUUUUCUUUUGGAGACUGGGUUUCUCUAUAUAGUUCUGGCUGUUCUGAGCUCAUGUAGUGGUUGACCUUGAACUCAUAGAGAUCUACCUGCUUCUGCUUCCCAAGUGCUGGGAUUAAAGGCCUGCACCACCAUGAUGCAACAGAAUUUUUUUGUUUUGUUUUGUUUUUGUUUUUUGAGACAGGGUUUCUCUGUAGCUUUGGAGCCUGUCCUGGCACUAGCU